GCGUCAGGGAGAGGACGUGGUGUCCAGUAAGCCGGAGGCGGCGUUCGCGCUGGCCGCGGUGCUGCUGGCGCUACAGUUGGAGUUCCCGCAGCUGACCGAGCUGACAGUGGCCCACUGCCAGGCGCGCUGUCCGUACCUGGUACCGAUGUACCCGCAGCAGUUGGACGGGGACACCAACGAACAGUACUACCGGAAACUCGGCUACGACUACGUGGACGGCGUGGUGGAGAAACAGGACAAGUUUCUGAAGCGGAUGUCGGGCAUAGCGCGGCUUUACGUGGCGCUGCUGAUCGCUCGGCCGCCGCAGCACACGCCCGCCCCGCCCCCCGGCGCGGUACCGGCCCGGCCACUCGGAGUGAAACAUUUGUGGCGCUGGCUAGCGGCCACCGUUAACCUGGAGCCGCGAGCCGACGUGACCGCUUCGAUCCUGUACGACGCCCUCGAGGUGGGAGGGUCCACGCUGUCCGCCGCCUACGGCACGCAGUUCGUCAAACUGGUGAAGCUGCUUCGGACACAGUACCUGGCGCGCGUUCAGCAGGUGACGCCGUCCGGCUGUGGCGGCCCCGUGGUGCGCCUGGAGCAGCAACUGCAGCGUAUUGUCAGCACGGGCCGAGUACCGCCGCCUCAGGGAGAACUCAAACUCUACAACUGGUAGCGGCGAGUCGCAGUCAGGUGACGUCAUAAAGCUGUCAGGUGACGCCCAGUCGGGACACCCGGUGACUUAUUCAGCGGCCACCUGUGACGCUCAGCGACAUCAAUUCUGACCCGGUUCGGCCCUCGUUUGGCCUGCGAUUCACGUGAUCUGGUGACCCCUCGACACCACAGAAGCACACUACGUUCUUCUGCGUUCGCUAGGCACCGAAGAUACCGCACUGUGGUCAUCUAAGGAGGGUGGUCUCCGUCCAAACGCUAACGGGUGGCUCUGUUCUGGUGUCACUCUAUCUGCAUUGAUGACGUAAGUCUCUGUUUGACUGUCGCAGCUCUCAUGUCACACAUAUCAUUGUUCAUCGAUCAGUGAUCACGAUUGUUCAUUGAUCAGUGAUCGGGCCUCUGGUUGAAGUAUGGACACCGAUGACCAACGCCUACCCACAACCCUUAGCACGAAAACAUCGCCAUCGUCUGUGGUUCGAAGCUGUGUGUUCAGUUGAGGCGGUCUCGCGGCCGUCGGAGACUGAGAGCCGACACAACCAGCGCAGGAGAACGACCGUUCGAGGCUGACACGAUUCGAUGUGUGAUAAGGGUGCGGAACUGCCUAGGUGCGAGUGAUUCGGUGGAUGUGGAUUACGGGAGAUGACGUGAAUGCCCUGGAGACUACAGUGCUACAUGAAACUUGAAUAUUUGAUGUUUUUAUGUGUAGAGUGUUGCAGCAGUGAAGGAUUGUGAUGGUUCGAACAAUUGUAGGUCAUUCGUCAAUCCUGCCAUGCUUGAUACCAGCGACUUUAAUGCUCUUAUGUCAAUAAAAUAUGUCAAUGUUCGUUC